AUCCAAAAAGACCAAAUCGUCAAACUCAUCGUCGGCGCGGGACAGGCCUCGCCCUCGCCGCCCGUCGACCGCAGCUUCACCUUUGAACUCCGCACACCACCCACCGCAUCACUCCUCCUCGCCGCCGCCGGCGUAGAGCCCAAAAAGAACAAAUUGCGCGGCGCGGGCAAUGUCGCCGGUCCAAACUCCAGAGCCGGGUUNGGCUGGGCUGGGCAAAGCGUCGGGAGGACAAUUGACGGCGGGAAAUGGCGGGUUGGGNNCGCUGUGGGGACGGUGAGUUUGAAGCAUGUGUAUGAGAUUGCGAGGAUCAAGCAUGGGGAGGAGAGGUUGAGUGGGUUGACGUUGGAAGGGGUGGCGAGGAGUGUGGUUGCGCAGGCCGGCAGUAUGGGUGUUGUGGUUGUGCCU